CCAUCUGCGUUUACCAGGGAAGCUAAAAAUGUCCACCCAUCAUAUUUCACCUCCUCACCAACAAUUUCACAGAGACACCGCUUCUCCAAAUGCUGACUCUCCUAAAAACAACUCUACCGCCCCUUACCCUCCCGCAACCGCAUCCUACGACGACGUCGUUCGCGACGGCGACCUUUUCUGGGAAAAGCUCAGAGCUUUCCACAAGUCUUCUGGCAACAAAUUCAAGGUUCCUACUGUUGGCGGCAAUGCUCUAGAUUUGCAUCGGCUCUUUGUGGAGGUCACUUCUCGUGGUGGCAUUGAAAAGGUAAUUAGAGAUCGUAAAUGGAAGGAAGUGAUUGGGGCCUUCAAAUUCCCGACAACAAUUACGAGUGCAUCAUUUGUCUUACGGAAGUAUUAUCUAUCAUUACUUUAUGACUUUGAACAGGUUUACUACUUCCGCAAGCAAUUUUCUCCACUCUCAACUGCUGAUGAUAAACUACAGAGGAUGGUCAAUGAAUCAGUGAUACUGGAUGAGGGAAAUCCUGAACUGCAUGUUGGUUGUUCAGUGAUUGGAGCUAUUGAUGGAAAAUUUGAUAAUGGAUAUCUGGUUACUGUCCGGUUUGGUUCUGAAGAGCUUAAAGGUGUAUUGUAUCAUGUUCCUCCUGUGCCCUAUGGAUCUUGCAGUUCUUACACCUCAACUUUACCACCACGGAAGCACUGGAAGAGGUCCAGGUUGGCUCUUCGGGACCCUUCUAGGCCUAAGUCAAACAGGAGUGGUUACAAUUUCUUCUUUGCGGAGCAUUAUACUCGACUAAAGCCUCAUUACCACGGGCAGGAGAGAAUCAUCAGCAAGAAGAUUGGGAAUUUAUGGAACAAUCUAACUGAGGCUGAAAAGCAGGUAGGAACCACGUCCCUCCAAGCAAAACUCGCAAAAAGUGCAUUUACGUGGAUCAUGCUCGCCAAUAGUCCUAUUGGGUUGGGUUUCUUGCACUUUGACUGUCUGGAAGUGGAACGUGAAGCAGAAAAUUUCUAACAAUAACUGUUAUUCAAAACUCUUUCCUUGCACUUUCUUAAUUCUCAAAACAUGAAUUUCUUGCUACAAGUGGUCAUGUUAUUUUCAUCCCGAUGCAGGUUUAUCAGGAGAAGGGAUUGAAGGAUAAAGAGAGAUAUAGGACUGAAAUGAUGGAGUAUAAAUCUUCCUAUGAUUCAACAGCUCAGUAGGCUACCUUAGUUUGCUUCUUCGAAACCUGUUAACUAGGUCAUAAAUUUUCUCUUUUCUGUACUUUUUUUUUUUUUUUUUUUUUUUAUUUCCGUCCUUGAUGUUCUUGUUGUUGAGGCAGCUGGUGGUGGGAUAAAUUUUCUUUCAGUAAAACUUGCUGACAACUUUCCCUUCCAUUAGACACUGCAAGAAGGAUGGUUAUAGGAAACUAAUUAACUAGUCCCGAAAGUUUAUGUAUGAACGUAGAGUGCUGCAACCAAUCUCAAUCUCAGAACACUUAGGAUGAACUUAUUCCAUCAGAUAAUUAGAUCCCGACUUUUGUUUGUUUGUGUCGAGUAAACUAGCUCGUAACAGCCUAAUUUUGUGAUCUUGAUCUAAUACGAACAUGAUGCUUAUAUACCCUUGAA